CCACCGUGCGCGCUCCCGAGCGGCGGCAGAACGAGCUUCGGGGAGCCCGGAGAUCAGACGAGCCGCUGCGGGGGAGAGAGGAAGAUGGAGGUGAGGGUCGGGGAGAGACUCCUGUGGCUGGCCGUGCUGUCCAGCGUCCUCUGCGUGGACUCGGUCCUCGGGAAAUACGUGAAAGGCAUCGUGGACACCAAAGAGGACUGGGUUUUCCUCACGCGCUUCUGCUUUCUCACCGAGUUUGGGCGGCUGGAUUUUCGAUUCCGCUACCCAAAGUCUCGCUGCUGUCAGAACAUAUUGCUCUACUUUGAUGACAGCUCUCAGUGGCCAGCUGUGUACAAGAAGUCUGAAAAGAACUGUUACCAGAAGGAAGCAGUGCUGAGGCCUGAAAAUAACCAGGUCAUCAAUCUCACCACGCGCUACACCUGGUCGGGAUGUGUGGUGGAGGAUGAUGGCAACGAGGAGGUUCUGAGCUGCGUGGGUGGUCGCAGUUUCCGCUCGGUGAGGGAGAGAUGGUGGUACAUUGCUCUCAGCAAGUGUGGGGGCGAUGGUUUGCAACUGGAGUACGAGAUGAAACUGACCAAUGGCCAGUCUUUCUGGACACAGCAUUUCUCUGCAGAUGAGUUUGGAAUCUUGGAGACAGACAUCACGUUCCUGGUUAUCUUCUUCUUGGUGUUCCUCCUGUCCUGUUACUUUGCCUACAACCUAAAGGGGCGACAGCUUCUUCACACAACCUACAAAAUGUUUAUGACGGCAGCAGGUGUGGAGGUGUUCAGCCUGUUGUUCCAUUGUGUCUACUGGGGUCUGUAUGCCAGAGAUGGAGUUGGCAAUUUCAGCCUGAAAAUUCUCGGGAAAUUACUGUUCUCAGUCAGUUUCUUGGUGUUCCUCCUGAUGCUCAUUUUGUUGGGCAAAGGUUUCACUGUCACCAGGGCGAGGAUCAGCCACAGCGGGUCUGUUAAAUUAAGCAUCUACAUGACGAUCUACACAAUUACCUACGUCAUCCUCUUCAUCUACGAAGCAGAGUUUUUUGACCCAGGUGAAGUGCUUUACGUCUACGAGAGCCCUGCUGGCUACGGCCUGAUGGCCCUGCAGCUGGUCGCCUACGUGUGGUUUUGCUAUGCCGUGCUGAUCUCCCUGAAACACUACCCUGAGAAGCAGCCCUUCUACGUCCCUUUCUUUACCACAUACACAUUAUGGUUUUUUGCAGUGCCCGUCAUGGCUCUGAUCGCCAACUUUGCGAUUCCUCGUUGGGCUCGAGAGAAGAUCGUCAAUGGCAUUCAGCUCGGCAUCCACCUUUACGCUCACAUCGUCUUCCUUGUCAUUACAAGACCAUCAGCAGCCAACAAGAAUUUCCCGUAUCAUGUUCGAACAUCUCAGAUUGGGAUUCUCUUGUCCAGUCCAAAAGGAGGUGAAGGAGGAGAAAGGUUUCCCCAUCAUGCUUAUGGAAACAGCUCCUUCCUUGGAGACUCUCAACCCAACUUCACUGAACUCUUCUCCAUCCAGUCAGACCCAGUGAAGACGGUGGAGGAGACAGUGGCUCGCAAAGGGCAAGAUGUGCCAAGGAACAGUGAGCAGAAGAUUAUCACCACCGCAGCAGAUUUGACCUUGACAUUGCCCCCACCUCUGCCUCCGAUACCCCCACGCCCAGCAUCACGCUCACCCUCAAUGCCACCUCGGCUCCCUUCCUUCACGGAGUAUUUCAGCAUGCAGAGCGGCGGCGGAGCGGGCUUUGGAACGAAGGCGUGAGAUGGAUGGAAAGAAAAAACGAUGGCAGAAAGGUGAAGACAUAAAGACAGCGGCGAGAAUUUGGGUAAACCGUGAAAAUGCAGUCGGUACAAAUCAAGGUAUCAAAAAGGUAACUCAAAAAAGACAAAUUAGAGGGACAGAAAAGAGAUGUCACUGGAAAUAUAUCCCUAAAUGGUCCAUUUUACAUGUGAAUGGAAAUGCUUAAAAUGAAGAGAUGAGGGGAUAUAGGUGAGACACAAAUGCUGAGCUUUCAAAAGAAUAAAGCAAUAAAUAUUUGAUGUUGACCAGUUGAAGGUACACAGGGAGAGAGAUGACAAAGUGGAUGUAGUCAGAGCAAUAGAACGAUGGCUGUGCACAAUGUGGAAAUGAACAAAAUUCUUGAAAUCUUUUCAUUCAAAAAUUCAUGAGGUUUUGACAGUGUGCCUGCAAAACCUUGUAAAUAGCUAAAACUGAGCAUCAAUUCUAUAUAGGUUUAUUUCGAAAAGAAUAAUUUUUUUAUUUUUUAUUUUAUUUCUCAUUACAUUCUAGUUGAUGCUGCGAGCACAGAAAAAUCUCAUGCCAAUAUGUAUAAAAUUCAUCUAUGGACAUUUUUUAAAUGUUUGACACAUUUUGAUAAAGUUUAGAUAUAUUUAUGGUGUAUGGAGUUUGUUGGGUUCAUU